AUGGCGAAGGAAGCCUUCAUUCUUUUCCAUUUUCUCCUCUUGACUCCGCUGUUUGUGUGGGCCAUGCCCGCUUCCAGCAAUGCCCCUCUCAGGCCAACUGAAGACGCGUUCUACAGUCCACCAUCUGGGUUCGAGAGCAUGGCGCCAGGAGCUAUCUUACGUUAUCGUACCCCGCCGUCGCCAAUUGCAGCGUUCGGAUUUGCUAGAUCCAACCUCCGGUCUGCGUACCAAGUCCUGUACCGAACGACGGACAGUUUCGGCAACCCAAUUGCAACAGUCACUACUAUCCUGAUACCUCAUAAUGCGGACUUCAAUAAGCUUCACUCAUACCAGGUUGCCCAGGAUGCUGCCGACGCCGAUUGUUCCCCCUCCUUUGCCCUGCAGCAACAGUCCACUGUCAGUGGUUCUCUUGCCUUGGCUAUGCCCCAGAUGGAGUAUGUUUUCAUAACAAGCGCUCUGGACAAGGGUUGGGUUGUCACGAUUCCAGACCAUCUGGGACCCAGUGCUGCGUUCUUGGCCAAUACUUUGUCAGGAAAGGCCGUGCUGGACAAUAUUCGUGCGGCAUUAGCGUCUGGGAACUUCACACAGAUUGAGCCGACUGCGCGAGUCACUAUGUGGGGGUAUUCUGGAGGUAGUUUGGCUACUGGAUUCGCCGCGGAACUCCAGCCGACGUAUGCUCCAGAAUUAACAAUUGCAGGGGCAGCCCUUGGUGGUACAGUACCUAAGAUCUUGUCCGUUAUAAACACCGUCAACAAAGGGGUCUUUACUGGACUAGUUCCCGCAGGGAUCCUUGGGCUCACAAACGAAUAUCCGGCCGCACGGGAAAUCGUUCGUGAUAUAAUCCUGCCAGAAAAGGCAGCUGAGUUUAACAAGGCAAAGCGUCUCUGCCUUACUGGGGCCUUGCGAGAGUACUUUGGCCAGGAUAUCUAUAACUAUGUCAACAGCCGCAAUGCGUUUUCGAGUUCUGCGGCCCGAGCUGUACUGGACCCGAACUCCAUGGGCCAGAAUACUCCGAAUAUCCCGCUAUUUAUCUACAAGUCGAUCAGCGAUGAAGUCAGUCCUAUUGCAGACAGUGAUGAGCUAGUCGCGAAGUACUGCGAAGGCGGAGCCAAUGUCGAGUACAAGCGAGAUAGGCUAUCGGAGCAUGCAAGCCUAGAAGUCAUAGGUGCUCCAGAUGCAUUUCUUUGGCUUAUUGACCGCAUGGCAGGGAAGCCUAUCCACGCAGGCUGCACAAACACGACUGUGCUUACUUCUCUGGAUAGCCCUAGGGCACUUGCUGUGUUUGGUGCCAGUGGUGUGAAUGUUCUGCUGUCCAUGUUAUCUCUACCUAUUGGCCCGCUUAUUCCAUAG